UGCUUGCCCCAAACUCCGCACUGGGAGGGAGCAUUUCCAGCCCCUCGGGAUGGCCACCAUCACCUGCAAUCGCUUCACUGAGGAGUACCAGCUUUUUGAGGAACUGGGCAAGGGCGCUUUCUCCAUUGUCCGGAGAUGCGUGAAGGUGUUGGCAGGACAAGAGUAUGCGGCCAAGAUUAUCAAUACCAAGAAGCUCUCUGCUCGAGAUCACCAGAAGCUGGAACGAGAAGCCCGGAUCUGCCGUCUCCUGAAGCACCCCAACAUUGUGAGGCUCCACGACAGCAUCUCCGAAGAGGGCCACCACUACCUGAUAUUUGACCUGGUCACCGGUGGGGAGCUGUUUGAGGACAUUGUGGCCAGGGAGUACUACAGUGAAGCGGAUGCCAGCCACUGCAUCCAGCAGAUCCUGGAGGCCGUCCUGCACUGCCACCAGAUGGGGGUGGUUCACCGGGAUCUGAAGCCCGAGAACCUGCUGCUGGCGUCCAAGCUGAAGGGUGCUGCCGUCAAGCUGGCUGACUUUGGCCUCGCCAUCGAGGUGGAGGGGGACCAGCAAGCGUGGUUUGGUUUCGCCGGCACCCCGGGAUACCUCUCGCCAGAGGUGCUCCGGAAGGACCCUUAUGGCAAAGCCGUGGAUCUGUGGGCUUGCGGUGUCAUCCUCUACAUCCUGCUGGUUGGGUACCCACCCUUUUGGGAUGAAGACCAACACCGACUCUACCAGCAGAUCAAGGCUGGGGCUUACGACUUCCCCUCCCCUGAAUGGGACACUGUCACUCCUGAAGCGAAAGAUCUCAUCAACAAGAUGUUGACCAUAAACCCAUCCAAGCGCAUCACAGCAGCAGAGGCUCUGAAGCACCCCUGGAUAUCGCACCGUGCCACCGUGGCGUCAUGCAUGCACAGGCAGGAGACGGUGGACUGCCUGAAGAAGUUCAAUGCCCGGAGGAAGCUGAAGGGAGCCAUCCUCACCACCAUGCUGGCCACCAGAAACUUCUCCGGAGGCAAAAGUGGUGGCAACAAGAAGAAUGACGGCGUGAAGAAAAGAAAGUCCAGUUCCAGCGUUCAGUUAAUGGAAUCGUCGGAGAGCACCAACACCACCAUUGAGGACGAAGACACCAAAGUACGGAAGCAAGAAAUCAUUAAAGUCACAGAGCAGCUGAUUGAAGCAAUAAGCAAUGGCGACUUCGAGUCCUACACGAAGAUGUGUGACCCUGGAAUGACUGCUUUUGAGCCUGAGGCUCUGGGCAACCUUGUGGAAGGCCUGGAUUUCCACCGAUUCUACUUUGAAAACCUGUGGUCCCGGAACAGCAAGCCCGUGCACACGACGAUCCUGAACCCCCACAUCCACCUGAUGGGAGACGAGUCUGCCUGCAUCGCCUACAUCCGUAUCACGCAGUACGUGGACUCUGGAGGGAUCCCCCGCACUGCCCAGUCCGAGGAGACCCGCAUCUGGCACCGCCGGGAUGGCAAAUGGCAGAUUGUUCACUUCCACAGAUCUGGCGCGCCCUCGGUCCUACCGCAGUAAGCCCUCUGAAGCGUGGCCCUGCCCGUGUUGGGUUUGUCACUGACUGACUACCAAGGGGAGACCCCUCCGACAUGUUCACCUACGGGACUUUGGCUGUUGGCUCUGCUGCUUGGUUCCCGCUGGAAUAACCCCUCGCUUCUCACCGCACACCCACGACGGCCCCGCCAGUGCAGCACAAGCAUCCCAUCCAACCCCCCACCCCACCGGGGUCAUGGCGCUGGGCCCCCUUCCUCUGCAUGAACCAGAAAAAGAGAAACCAUGAACUCAAACCCAAGCAUCUGGCCGGUGUACAGGCGCCCCUCAUCAGCUGCAUAGCGUCAGUGGGCCUCCUCACUACCCAGCACAUCUCCUGAACUGGGCUCAGACUCAUCAUCCACCUCUGUCCCCACCUCUGCUGGAAGCCCUCCGAAGAAGAGGGGACAGUUUUGAGCCUCUCUCUGCUGCAUUCUCCCUGCGUGCUGGUGGAUUUUG